GUGGCGGUGGACUCCGAUAUUAGCUCCGCGUAGCCGCGCGCGCUUUUCGUCGGUUCCUCCUUUCCUUUCAACACGGGCCACCGUAGUGAUCCAUUCUUUUAGUAUAUUAUCGAUCUCACCGCGUGUUUCUCUAUUCCUUCGCUCAAUUUCCUCGAUCGUUUCGUCGAACUUAUCGCACAUCACCGAAAGGUGGUCGGUUACCAUCGGUGAAAAUCGAACGAGAACGAAGGAGUCCUGUGGCGAAGUAUUAGCGUGAGGAAAACACUACGAGAUCGAUAGUGUCGUGGCAACCACGUUUUUAGACCACCCUGCCAGCCGGUAACUCUACCCGGAACCUACGCUCUGAAAACGACGUUUCCUUUGCGAGUAGAAUCGAGUACAAGGGGGCGAAACCUGUCGACACCCUCGCAGCGCGCUGUCCUACAAACAGUUUAAAGCGGGAGGGUGGUUGAAAUCGAUUGACUUUAGCGUGGAUCUCGUCGCUGCUCUGCAAAUUCGAGGGUGUCAUUCUGCAAGCACGUGUGUAUUCAGUGUUCUCUGUGAAAGAAGCGGGCGAACAGGAGCACCGACGCUGUGUCAGAGGGAAACCCCGCGGUUUAUCCAGCGCGAUCCGGAAGUGGAAACGCGCGCCACUGAUUAUUGCGGAUUCGAUACGGCAGUAUCGUUGGUAACAUGAUGAGAUACGGUAAAAUUCUCUCGUGGAGGCGAAAUGCCGACGGCUAUCUAAUGGCGAUAGCGCUCCUCGCUUUGCACGCGAACGCGGAAGCGGCACCAGCCGAUGUCGUCAUCAGCGACACCACUGCUGCGAAUUAUCUGUCGCAAUAUGGCUAUCUGCCGCCGAUAAAUCCGGAAAGUGGUGCAUUCCUGAGCUCGGAGAAGCUGACGGCAGCGAUAGAAGAAUUCCAAGCUUUCGCCGGAAUUAACAUAACAGGCGAAUUGAACGAUGAGACUGUUAAGCUUAUGGCCACACCAAGAUGUGGCGUUAAGGACAAAGUCGGACCAGCCGCCGACGGAAGAUCGAAGAGAUAUGCUCUUCAAGGAUCCGGAUGGCGUACGAAGAAUCUGACGUACAAAAUUAGCAAGUAUCCGACUGGUCUGAACAAGCAAGAGGUGGACUUGGAAAUCGCGAAAGCGUUUGGCGUUUGGUCGACCGAAACCGAUCUAACGUUCACUCGUAAAGCGGGACACGAAAACGUUCACAUCGAUAUUAGAUUUGAAGUAGGCGAGCACGGCGAUGGCGAUCCUUUCGACGGACCCGGCGGCACUUUGGCACACGCAUAUUUCCCUGUGUACGGCGGCGAUGCUCACUUCGACGAUUCCGAACGAUGGACCAUCAGGAGCUAUCGCGGCACCAAUCUCUUUCAGGUCGCGGCACACGAAUUCGGCCACUCCCUCGGUUUGAGUCAUAGCGACGUCAAGAGCGCGCUCAUGGCGCCCUUUUAUCGCGGUUACGAUCCGCAUUUUAUUCUAGAUCGGGAUGAUGUCGAUGCUAUUCAGGCACUAUACGGGAAGAGAACGAAUAAACCGCGAGGCUCCGCGACAACACUGCGACCGUUGCCGCCCGCCGAAGAAGAUCCCGAAUUGUGCAAAGACCCGAAGGUCGACGCGAUGUUCAACACAAAGGACGGCGAGACAAUUGUGUUCAAAGGAAAACAUUAUUGGAAAUUGACGGACAAUGGUGUGGCUAGUGGCUAUCCGCGACGCAUUAGUAGUACGUGGAAGGAGCUUCCGUCGAACAUAGAUGCUGCAUUUACAUACAGGAAUGGCAAGACUUACUUUUUCAAGGGCACACAGUACUGGAGGUACAUCAACACCACCAUGGACGGCGAUUAUCCGAAGGAAAUCAGCGACGGUUUCACUGGCAUCCCCGAUCACAUCGACGCGGCCACUGUGUGGACCGGCAACGGCAAGAUUUACUUCUACAAAGGCACGAAAUUCUGGCGCUUCGAUCCGGCGUCGAAGCCGCCGGUGAGGAGUAGCUAUCCCAAGCUUAUUAAGAACUGGCAAGGUAUCCCGGAACACGUCAACGCGGCGGUAACUCACAAGGGCUACACAUAUUUCUUCCAAGACAACGCGUACUAUCGAUUCAACGACCGAACGUUUUCCGUGGAUGUCGACGAACCGGCCUUCCCAAGAUCGACCGCGUACUGGUGGUUCGGAUGCAAGUCCGCCAACAGAGGGACGCUAGGUAAUGACAAGUGGCCAUUUGCAUUUGGCAACAAUCUGGGCAUGGCUGACAUUGACACAUACGACGAUUACAGUAGUUUUGACAACGUCGCGGACAUCAUUUUAGACGCAGGAGGAACCGACGAGCUCGUCACAUCGUCGAACCACGCGGAUUCCGGUGCGCCCGCGAGUUCGUUGAACCCAUCGGAAAGGAUGCAGAUUGUGCUCAGCUUCAUGACGGCGGUUAUCGCGAGGUUCGUCAUAGCUACGUAAAAACCACAUUCGUUUAUCCUCCUCCAAUUCAACGAAGCGCGAUAUCUUCGUGCACGCUCCGAGUUUCGACGAAGACGGCAACUGGAUAGACGCGCGCGCAAAGUGCAAGAGAGACGUCGGCAGAGCUGAUUUGUCGUACAGAACUGAGAAUACGUGAUGUUGCAUAUAUUAAUAAAAAACAAAAAAAAAACACCCUUGCCGCACCAAUAAUGCGAUCGGAAUCGUCAUUAACGCGGCGGUUCAGGAACUAGUGUUCCCGGUAAUUAAGUAGAAUAUAAUAGAGAAUUACGACGAGCAGUGUUCCUGCCAGUCAAAAUGUUAAACUGCGUGUUACGUGAGCGCAUCGCUUGAAAACGGAUCACGCGGCUGUAGCCGUGCAUUGGAAUUUGCGCAUUUAGAAAUAUGUUAUAAGAACGAAAGUCGCUAAAACGUGUAUAUUUUCAUGUGAGAUGUUUUCACGCAGUGAAACGUAAUGCAGGAACUUCAACCACUGCCUAUUUAUUCGCGUGUCCACUAUUUGCAAAGACUUUAAAUGUUAAAGGCACUUACUGAUAUCUGGACUGAUUGUUCGAUUAAGUGAUGAAGUGUGCGAAUAAUACUACGACAUUGCGACAUGACAAUUAAAUGUAGCAAUUAGAUAUUUGACUGACAAUGCUGUCAAUAUAUAGUUUGUUGAGUUAUGAAAGUGUCACGUGAGUAUUAUAGAUCCUUCUAUCGAACGUGAGAGUGCUAAAAUAUUCUAUGCAUAACGCAAAGUAAUUUUGUAUAUUAUUUCUAUUUAGUGUCUAAUUAUUUGCAUAAGAGAUCCAUAUAUAUAUAUAUAUAAAUAUCUAUAGUACUCAUGUCACCAUAUCGCUAUUUUACGAUUAUGCUAUAAAAUAAUUGUUGUUUUAUGCGCAAGUGCCUUAGAAAAUAUUUUUGUAAUUUAUAUACUAAAAUGAAUGUUACAUGCCAGGUCGUUACAAAUGCUUUCUAACACUUCAAAGCAAGCAUCUAGUUUACGCCUUCUCUACGCGACGUUGUGUGUGUUUGAAAACAGAAAUCCAUUUUUAUAUAAAUGCUUCCAUUGCUAUUUUCUUUGAUAAUGUAGCUUCUUUACUUUAUAAUUUUAUAUACAACUAUUGCAGCUAGUAUUAAAAAUAUUGCAAGUUGUCAGACUGAUCUCUGACAUGAAUGGUGCUAUGUGUGAGAAUUUGCAUAUGAAAUCCUUAUGUAUAAAAUGUUAGAUACUAAAUCUUAUAAAACAAAAAUACACUUUGCAAUACGUUUU